AAUUCUCACUGUCUGUACAGCAUUUCCCCCAGAAAACACGCACUCACAGCCACUACUUUUCCACCACGGACGCUAGCGGCCGCUACUGUGGGAAACGGAAUGACCGCGCUCCAUCUGGCGCCGCUCUUUCUCUCGUAUCUACACAGUGACGCCAUUACCGCAUGUUGCUAUUCCUCAUUGAGACCUCCGCACUGUCUCCCGUUGAAAUGGCGGCCUUGUUAUGCAGUACAGGCAUUUCCACCAUCGGCAGGGUCAAUAAACAAGACGUCUGCCAGAACUGUGGGUUCUUGGGGUCUCGCCGACAUGCGACUCGGUCGAUCUGGUUCAGAUCUUAGACAAGAGGAGAGACACACACAAACGAGACGAGACGGAGAGACAGAGUCAAAAUGGAAACAUGACCGUCCACAUCGUCAUCAACCGCGGCUACUAUACAUGGCCGCGGCUUUUCUUUGGGAUGUGGCAGAGAUCCCAGACGCGCUCAUUCCGUGACAUCGCGGCAAUUUCAUACCAAACUUGGGGAGAGACGCUGCGUGGGACCGUGGGAUGGGGUCCCGUCUGCCAGCCUGAGAGGGCUGAGUCGUAUGACAGGCAUCUGGUCACUCUACCAAUCA